AUGGCACCAAAGAGAAAAGCAGCAUCCGCAUCAGCUGGAUCAGCUAAAAAAUCUAAACAACCCUCGAGUCACUCUACCGAGGACUUGAAACAAUUCUUCCAAUCGACAUUAACCCUAGUUAUGAACCUUCGUGAAGAAGAAAACGACGAACAAAUGGCAUUCCCCUUUGUCAAAUUACCUUCGAAAAAAUUAUAUCCCGACUAUUAUCAAAUUAUUGACCAGCCCAUAUCGCUCUCAGACAUCCAAAAGAGGAUCAAGACAUACACCACCUGUGAUGAAUUCUUGGCUGAUUUCCAAUUGCUAUUGGAUAAUGCUACCAAGUAUAACAACGCCGAUUCCUGGAUUGUGAUUAACGCUAACAAGAUUGUUGAAUUCGUCAAAGAUCAAGUCAAGGAGUUUGAAAAUUCUUCAGUCAAGACCGAGGAAGAGCACCACCCCAAAAUCAAGUUGAAGUUGAAAAAGAAGGAAGUCAAGGAAGAACCACAACAACAAGAAGAAGUGGGAAUAACCAAUGCUGACCUUCCCGACUUGUGUCUCGGCAUCUUGAAUGAUGUCAUUGAUCAUGAGUUUGACGACGAAGGCGUGAUUAGUGCUCCUUUUAUUGAAGAUGUGGAUACUGAUUACUACAGUGACUAUUUAGACUUUGUGACCAAACCAAUGUCAUUCAACAAGGUGAUUCAAUUAAUAGAAAAGAAGAAGUUGUUUAAUUCUAAAGCCAGUGUAUCUGACAACUUGCAAAAGUUCCAUGAAACCACCGCUCUUAUCUUCAACAAUGCUAGGCUUUAUAAUGAUGAAUCAGCUCAAAUUCAUCAAGAUGCCAACAUGUUGGAAGAAUACUUUGAUGAAAAGUUUAAUGAAUUAAAGACUAAGGCUGAAGGUUCAUCCAAAUUAAAACUUAAGAUUUCUAAACCAAAAUUGAAGCUUAGUGUACAUAAGGAAGAAACUCCAAAGAAACCUAGAAAAAAGAAGGAAGUUAAACCAAAGGAGGAAGAUGAAGACGAAGUAGUGGAGGAAGAAGAUGUUGCAGAUGAAGUCAAGACCGAACCGGUUGAAAAGAAAGAAGCUAAGCAAAUCAUAGUGGAACCUUCAAUUCACAACACUCUAGGUAAAACUUUACCAUUACUCCCACGUGAAAGUUCAAUCAUUCAAGAAACUUCAAUCUUCUCUUCGGUUCCAGUAUCUACCCAAAUUGCCCAAUAUGUUCAACAGAAAACUAUACCAAAUAACCUACUCCCACUUCCAAGAAAUCAAGAUAUAAAAAAGAGUCUUUUCCCUACACAACCCCUCCAUUCCAUGGCGACAAUCUUUGAAUACAAGGUUCCUGCCAAUGGAUACACUUCACAAUCAUACACCGUGGCCUUGCCUAACGAUAUACUGCCAUUUGUUUCAUUCAAAGCAUCAUUGCACAACUUACUCUAUGAAGUUAAACGAGAAGAUUUAGUCAAUGGCCAUGGCUAUUUAAACCUGACAUCCGACGAAGAAUUCCAAUGUAAAUUAUUUGUUAAUGAUGAAGAAGUCACCAAUGCCAACGAUUGUUUUGAAGAAAAACGAACCGAUGAUGACGUGUUGGGAGUCCAGUAUGACGUUAAAUUAAGUUAUGGAUUAAAUGUGUUGAGUUUUGAAUGUAAAGUAGCCCCACACUUGUCCAAGCAAAUCAAACCUACUGCUGUCUCAGAGCCAAACGAAGAAAUUGCCGGUAGACAUACAAGACACCAAUUACAACAAAUGAAAAUGUCAUGGGACGUUGAAAAAAUUACGUUUUAUGUUGUCUGUAACAAUGCUUAG